AUGUCGAGACAAAUACCAAGUAUGCGCCUUAGAGAGCGAGAAGAAGAAGAUGAAUCAUCAAAUACUAAAAAUAAUGAACCAAAUCAAAAAUAUUCAUUAGAAUUUAUUAAUAAUUCAGAUAAUAAAGAUGAAAAACAUUCACUUAACUACAUAAUGACUUCUAAUAAUACUUUAUCUACUCCUUCUCCACCUCUUUCAACUUCUAAUUCACGUUCAAAUUUUGGUCCAAUAUUUUUAUAUCCACCACAUGAUUUACUUAAUAUCUUGGAAAAAGAAAAUUUUACAGAAAUAAGAUAUUCACGAAUCCUUGAAGAAGGAUGGAAAAUAUGGAAUGCAUUUCUGUUGGAACAUCCAAAUUUUGAAAUGAAUGAAUUACAAACAAAUUAUUUGAAUUAUUUAUUUGCAUCACUAAUAUUGGAUAGAUUAUAUUUGGGAAG